AAGUGGAUGGAGAAAUGAAAAACAAAUAGUAUCUUUAAAUUCUUCAAAUUUACCUCAAAACAACAGCCUGGACAAAAAUGGAUGGUCCUUCAGGACAAUGACCCCAUGCCAAUGUCAAAACUGGUCUGUAAGUGGAUAAAUCAGACUAACAACGAUCCUCUGGGGACAGUGGAUGCACAUUCAUAUGAUUAGAUCUGUUUCACUCAUUUCUUUUCAUCUCCCAGUGAAAACAGAGUGACCCUGUAAAAAGUGAAAGCCCAGGACUUGUCUUCCUCAUGGUGGCUCCUACAUGUGUAUGUCAGCUUUAUGUUACUCCAAAUUUAGUUUUAUUCAGUUUUAUGUCAACGAAUGUUGGAGACAGUAUUUAAAGAGUGGCAACAACGAGUGGAAUAGGAGGGAGUUAGGAUCAUGGAACUGAUAUCUUGAACUUUAAUUAGAUCACGUUUGUUUUGAAUAAAAAAAUUAAACGUAUGUGGUUCUCAAAAGAAGUACAUACAUUUAAUAAAAAUACACAAUUCUUUAUUGAAAGAAAAAAAAAAGCCUUUCAUGACGUGCGUCAGUCUAAAGAAUAUAGUAUUUAAAAAUUCGAGCUGCACUCGAACGCACCACUAUAGCAAACAUUGGAUUACCGUGAAAGCAACAAGCUUGACCGGACAAAACGCCCACCGCUGCAGCGGUGUCCUCUAAGCUCCGGAGGGAACAGAAGGAACCCGAAGCCCUUCUUCCAGCGCUAAAACGGAAAGAAUAAAGUCUGUGUUCUCUGGAGCAACCUACAGCUAAGAAGAUGUCAAUGGCUUAUAAAGAUGAUGAGGAAGACUGGUUGACAGUUUGCCUCAAGUACCUGCUCUUUCUGUUUAACUUUCUUUUUUGGGUGGGUGGAGCUGCAGUCUUGGGUGUAGGAGUGUGGACCCUGGUGGAGAAGAGUGACUACCUUAGUCUGUUGGCCUCCAGCACUUUUGCUGUUUCAGCGUAUAUCUUGAUCCUGGCUGGCAGCCUAGUGGUUGUUACUGGCUUCUUGGGCUGCUGCGCUGUUAUCCGGGAACAGAGAAGCUGCCUUUCUACGUAUUUCUUCUUCCUGCUGUUAAUAUUCUUGAUUGAGUUGGUGGCUGGCGUGCUGGCUUAUGUUUACUACCAGAGGCUGAGUGAGGAACUGAAGGAGCACCUCAACCAGACAAUGACUGAGAAUUAUGCUCAGCAAGGGAAGGAGACAAUCACAUCCGCAGUGGACAGACUGCAACAAGAUUUCAAGUGCUGUGGCAGCAACAACUCUCAGGAUUGGAUGCUGAGUAUGUACAUUAGAUCAGAGCAGUCGGGGAACAGGGUGGUGCCUGACAGCUGCUGUAAAACCAUUACGCCUGACUGUGGCAGGAGGGACCAUCCGUCCAACAUCUAUAAAGUGGAGGGUGGUUGCAUCACUAAGCUGGAGCAGUUCCUUGCAGACCAUCUAUUGGUCAUUGGUGCUGUGGGAAUUGGUGUGGCCUGUCUUCAGAUCUGUGGGAUGGCGUUCACCUGCUGCUUGCACAGGAGGAUUAAGAUGGAUCCUUACUAGGCGUACAAGACCCCAACAAACCACUGGUAACAUGCAAAUGUGGCAAAGCCUGCCAACACCUGACUUCCACAUCUGGAUCUGGGAUUUACAAUCAGAUAAUAUAAGUGAAGUUUACAUGCAGCACUGUCGGAAACUAAUUAAGCCAUUGAGUCUUGUGUUCUACAAGAAGAGGAUAUAUUCAUUUGGCUUACAUGCAUGAUUUAAAUGGAGAUGAACGAUUACCUUCUGUAACUAAUGCAAAAAUAAAGACUUGUCUUUUUUUUCUCCUUGCUUCUUAAUACAGUAUCCUCAGUUUUUGAGAGCAAACAAGCAUUUAUAAAAGACACUGGCUACACUUGUUAUUGUUUAUGAAGUGAUGGAACAUAAUGUGCCCUUUUUCAAGAUUGUGUGGAUAAAUAAUUAUGUGCCGAGUGCCUUGAAGCUUUAAAGGAAAUAUGACAACACAACAUAGUGAAGCGUAUAUUUAUUAGUGGUCAGUUCAAAGUUGCAACCCUACAAAAGUUGGCCCACAGGUUAUUUCUUACAAAAUGCUAACACAUUUUUGAAUUUAGAACUCCACCUAGUGGAUGCAGCUCUCAAUUAAAAACAAGCCACAGUUUGUAAGACAUGGAUGGUAAUCUGGUUUUGCUUUCUAUAAAAUGUUAAUUUUAAAAUUAUUGUGGGCAUCCUGAUAUCUACAUUUUCACAUUAAAGCAAAAAAUUUAAUUUAGUCUCUUUUUGUCAUCGUUGUACUUUCUGCUGUAGAUAUUAAUAUUUUAAAUUAGAAAUGUGUUCCUCAUUGUUACUGUUUCUUGUUGUAAUCAUUGUAUCAUUUAAUCUGAUUAAAGGAAUGUAUUAUUGCCAA